GGUCUUCCAUUUUGACGACGCGGCACCUGUCCAAUGCUCGAGUCGUGGCUCCAACUGCACUUUAUUUUCCGACGAAUACUCCAAAGGGUCGACUAAUUAUAACAUUAAGUACGAUACGGGAGUAUAACUUGAACACCGUCUACACCGAAAUCAAUGAGACAACAGUGGCGUCGUGGCGUUGUGUGCUUUUGGCGGGAAAGCACUGUCUGUGUGCGUAUGUAGCCAGCAUGCUGGUUACCGCAGUGUGUUGACAUUGGUCGCACCUACAAGAUACGUUGCUCGAGGAGUUUUUGUAACGAAUAAUAUAACAGUGAAUAUAAGAAGCGACGCGACGAAAAAAUUAUCCACACUUAAUCGGUACAUCGACAUCAGGUGGACCUGGUCAUCGCACUUGGUCAAAAUAACUGUCAUAGGAAGGACUUGGCGCACCUGCACUGAAAAAAUGGCUUCGCUGCAGAAACUCUACAAAAAUCCAUUUACGAUCUGCAUUGAAGGCAACAUUGGAAGUGGCAAAACAACGUUUCUUCAGCAGUUUCAGAAAUUUAAGAGUGCCACGAUUCUUCCAGAACCUGUACACUUAUGGUGCGACUUGGAGGGAGUCAAUUUAUUGGAUCUUCUGUACAAGGAACCGAAAAGGUACUCAUUCUUGUUUCAAUCUUAUGCUCAAGUAACGAGGUUAGAGUUACAUACCAUGCCAACGCCAACGCCUUACAAGGUAAUGGAAAGAUCAGUAUUUAGUACAAAGUGCUUCUUAGAGAAUAUGAAACGUACAAAUAUAAUAUCCAAUGUGGAAGCUGCAGUUUCAGAAAACUGGUACAAUUGGAGCAUAAGAAAUGCUAAUAUUAAAACAGACUUGAUAGUGUAUCUAAGGACAACGCCAGAAGUCGUGUACCAAAGAAUGCAAGCACGCGCACGGAAAGAAGAGGAAUCCGUGCCGUUAGAGUAUUUGAGACAGAUCCACGAGAUUCACGAGGACUGGCUGUACAGACAAACCUUAUUCUCUUUACCGGCGCCAGUCAUGAUCUUAGACGGUGACAAGAGUCUCGAAGAAAUGGUGCCGCAAUUUGAGAAAUGCAAAGAUUGGAUACUUAAAGGAAAGAUUGAUAGCAUACCAGACACCAGAAUAGUCACUCAAUAAAGACGAUGUAAAUAGAUAAGAAAAAAGACAUAAUGGUUAGGAUCAAAAUUGUUUUACGUUUUACCGUGUUGAAACUAAUAUUAAAGUAAAUUUAUGACUCACCCUCUGAGACUGAGAUGGCAUUGUGUUCCGGGAAAGUUGGCUGAUUGUCGUUGAUGUCGAUCACUCGUAUGCUCAAUGCAGUCGUACCGGUUAAUUGAGGGUUUCCUUGAUCAGUCGCGAUGAUGGUCAGCCUGUAUUUUUCGCGAAUCUCACGAUCGAGGACUAUAUUAGUCUGUACGAUUCCGCUAUAUGGCGGGUUUAUAGUAAAGGCAUUGUCCGGAUUGCCAUCCACUAUAUGAUACAGGAUCCGGCUGUUCAUCCCUUGAUCAGCGUCACUUGCUGAAAGCUGCAACAGAGAAUAUAGGUGAUACAGUUGUGUAUCCGGUACACUUUUUAUAGAUUAUUGUAAUUAUUUAUUUUUAUACCUACACUUUAACGUUAGAU